AUGCAGAGACUUGAGAUAUCAGAGGUCUGUACCUUCUCUCUGGAGUUCGUGCUGGCUGCGGGCUGUGUGGCUGACCAGGCGCAGCAGCUGCUUCAGGCGGCACACUGGCAGUUUGAGACCGCCCUGAGCAUGUUCUUCCAGGAAAGCAACAUUCCCACCAUCCACCACCACCCUCAGUUGAUGUGUACUCCCAGCAACACCCCUGCCACUCCGCCCAACUUCCCUGUCGCUCUAGCUAUGUUCUCCAAGCUUCGAGCCUCUGAGGGUCUGCAGAACAGCAACAGCCCCAUGACAGCCAUGGCCUGCUCCCCCACUGCAAACUUCAGCCCCUUCUGUGCCACAUCCCCACCCAGCCACCAGACGUCCUGGAUCCCACCCUCUUCCUCCAACUCCUUCCAUCAUCUCCACUGCCCACAGCCCACGUGGCCCCCUGGAGUAUCGCAGGGGGGCGCCCAGCAGAAAGCCAUGGCAGCAGUGGAUGGCCAGAGAUGAGACUGGAUGGCACUGGGCUGGAUGGGGGCAGUCCAGGGUUGGGGACACAGCAGGGC